CUCGUCCGCACUCCGCAGCGGUCUUCUUCCUCCGUCUGAGACUGCGCUCGCACAAAAACCAGAGCUGCAGAGGUCGACCAUGGCUGCCAGGUCUGGGCGCGUCGGGAGAGGGGACGGGGUCUCGCCGGAGGAGAGGCCGCCAUACCUCGCCAUGUUGGUGGAUCCUCCCCUGCCCCUCCUUGCCCUCACCCGCCAAGGCUUCCGACCCCGCCCACGGCUCGCAAUCGCACCCUCGACGAAGUUCCUGCUGGGGUCGACGCCGCCCACCCCUGCCGGAGCCGCGGCCGCCCACUCCUGCCGAAGAUCUCAGAUGCGAGGUAGAAAAAAAGGAACCGACCUGAGUCCGUCGUGCGUCUCUCGCGUACGUGCCUAUAUAAAUAGCGCCCCCUUCCCCCCGGCAAAUUACAUCACGGGCUCACGAGGCUGAAGAGGGACCUAUAGCUCUACGACUACAAGGGCAUCAUCAGUAGCGUAGCAGUUGCUAGCAGACACCAUCUGUGAGAGAUGGCUCGUACUAAGUGCACGGCGCGUAAGUCGACUGGGGGAAAGGCACCAAGGAAGCAACUCGUUCGAAAUAUCUUUGCUGCUGCUCGCAAGACGCCAAUGACCGGAGGAGUGAAGAAACCUCGCCGUUACCGCCCUGGAACCGUAGCUCUUCGUGAAAUCCGCAAGUAUCAGAAGGGCGCCGAGCUGCUCAUCAGGAAGAUGCCCUUCCAGAGGGUCGUCAGGGAGAUUGCCCAGCUUCACAAGAGUGACCUGCGUUUCCAGAGCCAUGCGAUCCUUGCUCUGCAGGAGGCAGCAGAGGCCUAUCUCGUGGGUCUCUUCGAGGACACCAACCUGUGUGCCAUCCAUGCCAAGCGGGUCACCAUCAUGCCCAAAGAUGUUCAUCUGGCUACCAGGAUCCGUGGCGAGAGGCACUAAUCGUAUCGCGUCGUGAAUAAGUGGAGGCGCCGACAAUCUGCUGGCUGCUGCAUACUAGUAGUAGUUCAUUUGGGAAUUCCUGGUCUGGACUUUGUCGGGAAGCAAGUGUUACCUUAAGUUCGAGUCAAAAAUUCUACAUGUCGAAUAACUAGCCAGACAGCCAGUUAGUGGGUAGCCUCCUCCGCUAGGUUUUCUUUUGCUGGUGUAAGACACAAGUUCUACGUAACUGAAGUUAUGUCAGACACAUUUUUCUGCUUGUUUACCUGGCUGUUAUUUUUUUUUUUACGUAACUGCAGAUAUAUCAGUCACAAGUUUCUACUUGCUUUCCCGGAUGUUGAAUUUCUUUUGACCAAGUCGUGAUACAAGAAACAAUGUAUAGGCAAGGCCAGCUUUUGGAUCCAAA